GCGCUCGGGGGCUGCAGACCUCUCCGCAACCCUUGCGAGUCGAUCAAUGUGCCUCUCCUCUCAUUUGUUUGCAAUUUCACGAAUCCAAACAGGAUAUUAGUUCCAGGCCAGACAAUAGAAUCACGACCGUAACGAGUUACUGAUCUUUCUGCUCGUUCUUACGAGCUAUGGAAGAAGUCUUAUCGGAAGGCAAAAAUUUCAAAUUGGUUGACGAGUCAGAACUCCCGAACAUUAUAGAUUUCUUAAGCGGAUAUUUACCAGAUUCCAUCAAGUUUCAUCAAACUUUGGAAACAUACCUGAAAGACCGCGUGUGGGAUUUUCAUUUUUACGUCACAAAAACGUGGCCGGAACAGGCUGUGAUUAUACAUUUUCCUGGGAUGACUAAAACGCCGAACGGAAAGUUAUACGAGAGCUUUGGUGUGUUCUGCCCUUGUGAUCAGCUCGAAAAUUUGGAAUUGCUCACCGACGAAGACAUUCUCAUCGACUGGACUCAACCUCUAUAUCUCAACUUCACACACGCUAAGAUAAUGGAAAAACUCGAAGAUUUAUAUUCGACUAAAGGAACAAUGUCAAAAUUGUAUGGGGAUAUUUACGGCUUGGGGAAACAAGAAACUGAAAAGGAAGAGGAGGGUACCGAGACGGUAUUCGCAGAGGACGCGGAGAUGUUGCAGUUAACUCCCGAGCAUGCUCAAAUGAUUCAUGACUUGUACCCGGCCAAUAGUAUGGAAUGCGUCGAGAUAUUCGAGAAACUCAUAAAAAAGCUGCCUUGCUACGGUGUGUUCUCCUCUUCCGGAGAUCUGGCUGCUUGGAUGGUCCAAUCGUAUUAUGGAGCCAUGUUUUCCAUGCAAACGCGACCCGAAUACAGGAGGAAGGGAUAUGGACUGAUUCUUGCUAAGUACCUGACCAAAUUGGUGACAGAACGUGGUUACAUUCCAUUCGUCGUGAUCCGUCCUGAGAAUGAUGCCUCUAUGGGACUCUACGCGAAGUUGGGCUUCAAAAAAUACUUCGAAACUGUGCGGGCCAUUCUUCGGCCACAUGAAAUGUCAAGCGAUGCCCAGGGAGGAGGGACGGAAGAGGUCGCCCAGUAAAUAUAUAUUCCGAAUCAUCAAAUCGAAAGAGAUUUAGAAUGCGACGCACAGCUGAAUCGGCUUCCAGCCACAAUUUUACAUUUUCCAGUUUGAAUCUUCAAGUUCAAUAGUGAAUGAUAUUCAUCUCGAUUCAUCGUGAAAUAUGAUAUAAAAUAUUCUGUAAAACAUCCUUUUUUCAGCGUUAAAGUAUUUUCCGGACGUUUCGUCGGUUUUAUUCGAUCGGUGGUGGGCAUUGGAAAAAAUUAUCAGGGCUACUAUCCAAGAUUAUAUAGAGAUGUGACAAAAAUCAGAAUCGGAGAAAAAACUAUAAUACUAGAAUCCUCUUUGUAGAAGAUAAAUUUCUAGUACACAGUGGGCUAAUGCGGGAGGCGAUAUACAUCCAAAAACAUGUGCACAAAUUUGAAUACAACAAAAAAUAAACACCGAAGCUCAACCCAAUAUGUGAUCCAAUUAUCGCCAGAACAAAAAUAUCACCGCGUGAGAAUAAAUUUAAUAAAAAAAAGAGUGAAUAUUACUGGAGUUUUUUCAC